AUGGCUUCGUCUUCCACUGCAACGCGUACUGAGCGAGAACGCAAGCCUGUUGAACCCACUUUGGCGUCCACCCGUACCCGUCGUGGAUCUGUCAUUGCUACGCCUGUGGCGGAACCCGCGAGCAAUCGUAAUGUCUCCUCCCGCACCCCUGCUUCACUGGCGCCAUCCCGAUCCGUGAGGAAAAGGAAGAUCGAGGAAGUCGAGGUAGUUGUCUCGCCCCCGAAGCGCCAGCGAGGUAAUCUCGGUGACGGAGAGGAGACCGACGUACGUUCCAUCGUUGAGCGUCUACAGGCCGACGAACAGGCGCUUCGCAAACGCGAACUCGCGCUGAAGAAGCGAGAGGCUGCGGUGGAAAAAAUGGAGAAGAAGGCGAUGGAGAAGGCCGAGAAAGUCACGAAGAUGUUGAAGCGCAUCCGAAGUGAGAAGCUCGCAGUUCAAGCACAGGUGAAGGACAUGCAGGGGCGAGUGGAAGCGCUCACCGCGAUGAUCACUACGCUGGAGAAUAAGUGUCGUGAGAGGAAUGCGGAGGUGAUCACCUCGCCAGCUUCAUCCCCAGGCGGAUUAGAUACGCAUUGGGUGCUCACGCAGCUUGAAGAUCAGUUCCAGUGCUCUAUCUGCUUCGAGGUCAUGGCCUGUCCCUACCAACUCAACCACGGGCUCUGCGGACAUACUUUCUGCGCCCUUUGUCUCUUGCAGUGGUGUUUCGCUGCCGUGCACCGCGGCUGCGGAUACUGGCAUGACGCUCUAGAAUGUCCACUCUGUCGUGCAGAGCUUCCGUACACACCCGAUGUGACUCCGCGGCAGAUGUGCACACUCCCUUUCGUUCCAUGUCGCCUCGCAGACACCACUAUCAAGAUGCUGCUCGGGUUACUCAAGGAUGCUGCCGAGGCCGAUAUCAAUGGUCGUGGAGCUUGCUCUGGAGCGAAUCCCAAGUUGGACGAUAGGGUCGUAGCUUGGAGCCGGAACGGGAACUCAAGGGUAGAGUGGGAGAGUCGCGAUGCGAGAGGUCGUGCUGAGAUGACAUUGCUGGUCAACAACUGGGCAAACCUUGGGGGCGAAGAUUUUGUCGCUCUCAAGGAUCGGCUUGACCUGCAAUAG